AUGCUCGCCAUAUUCGCCUUGAUGACCCGUUGUGGUUUGAAUGUUCCGCUGUUCACAGUGGUGCGGCACGCGAGGCUAACACCCAGCCAGGAGGCCCGAAACAUGGUUGGGCAGGGUGCGUCGCUGGAUGCCAUCCUUGAAGUCACCGACUACGUUGCGCACAUGCGGGAGGAACAGGCGCUGGCAAAGGUGCGGGAGGAACAGGCAAAGGUGCGGGAGGAACAGGCAAAGGUGCGGGAGGAACAGGCGCUGGCAAAGGCGCGGGAGUUCAGCAUAAAUUGUUCUGCGCUUCAAGCGCCGACUCUCUCGCUGCAAGAUGAGCUGCUCCAUGGACACCCACCUCUGGGCAUCGCUGUUGCGAUGGCAGUGUGCGACUUGCAGGCAGAUGGACACGUCCCCCACACAGUCGUGGUCAUAGAUGGUGAUGACAACCCGGUUGCGACGAUGACAGGAGGGUUCGUUGGUCCGCCGCCGCAGCACUGA